GAGCAGCAGCUGUCCACGGAGGGAGGACAGGGCAGGCAGCAGAGACCAUGGAGCCCCGCUCAGCCACUUCCCACAGAGGCCUUGUUCCCUGGCAGGGCCUCCUGCUUGCAGCCUUACUUUUAACCUCCUGGACCCCACCCGCCACUGCUCAGGUUACCAUUGAACCUGUGCCUUUUCACGCUGCUGAAGGGGGAGAUGUUCUUCUACUUGCCCACAAUUUGUCAGAGAACAAUUUAGUCUAUAAGUGGUUUAAAGGCGACAGGUUUGAUUCCACCAAAGAGAUUGCAGCAUAUCUGGUACCCGGGAGCACAACCACUCACGGGCCUGCAUACAGUGACCGAGAGACAAUAUACUCCAACGGAUCCCUGCUGUUCAAGAACCUCACCUUACAGGACUCAGGAGUCUACACCCUACACAUCAUAAAGCAGGAUUAUCUGAGUGACGAAGCUUCCGGAGAGUUCCAGGUGCACCCGGUGUUACCCAAACCUCACAUCACAAGCAACAAUGCCAGCCCUGUGGAGGGUGAGGAACCUGUAGUAUUAACAUGUGAACCUGAGACUCAGGACACAACCUACCUGUGGUGGACAAACGGUCAGAGCCUUCAAGAUGGUGAUAGGCUGAAACUGUCUAAUGAUAGCAGGAUUCUCACUUUAUUCAAUGUCACGAGGAAUGACACUGGACCCUAUGAGUGUGAAACCCAGAACAUAGUGAGUGGUAGCCGAAGUGAUCCAUUCACCCUGGAUAUUUACUAUGGCCCGGAUGACCCUAUCAUACUGCCCCCAGAGACCUAUUUCCAUCCAGGGACAACCCUCAACCUCUCCUGCCAUGCAGCCUCCAACCCAGCUGCACAGUAUCACUGGCUUAUCGAUGGAAGCAUCCUGCAGUUCACGCAGGAGCUUCACAUCCCUAAUGUCUCUGCGAAAAAUAGUGGAUCUUACACCUGCCUCGCUAAUAACUCUGCCACUGGCCUCAGCAGGAGCACAUUGAAGACUGUGAUAGUCCCUGAGGUGGUGGAGCAACCCAUCAUCGAAACCAGCAACACCACGGUGGAAGAAGGGGGCUCUGUGGUCCUGAUCUGUCUCUCAAAUGACACUGGAAUCUCCAUCCAGUGGCUCUUCAAUGACCAGCAACUGCAGCUCACAGAGAGCAUGAAGCUGUCCCAGAACAGCAGCAUCCUCACCAUUGACCCUGUCAAGCAACAAGAUGCUGGGGAGUAUCGGUGUGAGUGCAACCAGGGCUGGACCAGCAUGACAUGCGAUUCAGAAGAAAGUUCUGGCCCUUCAAUUGGGGCCAUUGUCGGCAUCGUGAUUGGAGUUGUAGCUGGCGUGGCUCUGAUAACCGUCCUGGUGUAUUGCCUGGUUUUCAGGAAGAUUGGAGGGGCAAGCGACCAGCAUGACCUCACAGAGCACAAGCUCUCAGUCUCCAACCACAGUCUGGGCCCCUCUGACAACUCUCCUAACAAGGUGGAUGAAAUUGCAUAUUCUUCCCUGAAUUUCAAUACCCUACAACCAAAGCAAUCAACUUCAGACUCCCCACCCCCUACAGUAACAGAAACAGUUUAUUCAGAAGUAAAGAAGAACUAAUGUUACCUGCCCUGUCACAAUACUGCUGAUGACUCCUCAUCUCUGGCCCAGAGGAAAAGGAAAAUAUCUCCCAUGUUCUGUUCUCUCUCCAACACCACCUUGGGCUGCAACACCUCCUCCGUCCAAUGUCAGUAAAUGAAAAGGUACCUGGGGAGUCUGCAGGAGAACCAGGCUCCUUGACACUGGAAGUAGGCAAAGCCAAUUUUGGAAGAGAGCUGCCAGCUUCCCUGCCCUUCCCCCACUACCCAGCCUACUUGUGUUGUAAACUGAUUUAUUCAGAGCAUACUCAUUUAUUCCCAGCCCAGACCUGUCCUAUCAGAAUGCUACUUGAAUUUGCCAUCGUUUUUGGGUAAUUUCCUCUCCCCUUUAAGUGCAGGUGCCAGGAAAAAAAAAAAGAAAAUAAAAUCGAUAAUGGCUUCUUUCUCUCCAACCCUGAUGUGAAGCCCAACAUAACCAAGAAAACCAAAUAUGUAACCAACCAACAGUGCACUGGGAAAUCCUACGCUUUUUGUUUGCUGUGUCGGGGUCUAAACAUCUUGCUGCUUAGCUAAAAUAUCAUUUAAGCCCUCUGGCAAGCCCAUCUCCAGAGAAUCCACUAGGAACAAUUAGGAAAACAGUGGGCCAAGGGCCACAGGCAAUGCCCAGUGGAAAAUGCCGAAGCGCACUUACAUCUUUAAUAUCUGCGAGGGCUUUAUUCAAGGAAGUGCCUGGAGAAGAGACUGCAGCUCCUAUGGGGGGCGGCUCAACUUUAAAGAAAUGAAAUCUGCUGGGAACUUGGGAAAACAACAGAGUUAUCCUUCGUUCAUUACUUAAAAUUACUGUAAAGAACGCACAACUGGAGGCACAUGGUUUUCUCCUCUUCUGAGACAUUCCGCCACUUUAAUUUUUGGACCUUCUUGCUUAAUUUGUGUAACUUCUGCCCUCUGAAAAGGAUUAUUUUUACUUCACUGUGUAAGCUGACCUGACUGCCUUGCUACAUAGGAAGCCUCUAAAAGCCCUCAGGCCCCCUGGCCAGGAGCCUCUCAAGGUUUUGUUGCUGUUGUUGUUAAAGGCAACAAAUAAAAAAUAAAAAACUUCCCUCAUUCAUUCCAGAAAGGGACCUGGCUCAGUUUCUGGCCCCCUCAGACCUGUCACCAGCUGCCCUUCUGUUCCACAUCUCUGCCUGUGCGUUUCUACCUGUCUGCCCUAAUGUCUCAGGAAACCUCAGCCUCUGCGUUUGAUCCUUGAAAAGUGGGAGCGCCCUAAAGGGAACACUAGGCUCCUGCUGAUGGCUUUGUUUACAACCCGGGAAGCUGCACUGGUGCUGAUGCCCCUUGGGCAUGUGGGCUGCAAGGGGGUGUGAGGUCAGGAGACGCCCCACCAGGGUUUCUAUCAGCCUCUGAAACUUUAACUUUGCCUGCGGGGUCUGUGAGUCCCAGUGUGAGUUGGAAUAAAAAAGGACAAGAGAAGGAAAAAGCAAAUGUGCUUCUCCUGCAGCCUUAUGUUAUGCAGAUGAGAUGUCUUUGGGGCUCUAGAGGCAAGGACUUUAUUUGAUGUUCACUGAUUGAUCACGUGGUCCUCUAAUGGGCCUCCUCUAAGAGAAUCCACUGGGGGUUCUCCUACUCAGGUACCUCUCUUCCAGGGCUCUCCAGCCCUGACACAGAUUGUAUGUACUUUCUAUCAUCUAUGCUAUGCUGGGUUAUUUAAUUUUGCCUAGCUAAAGCUACUGUUGAUUAUUUGUAAAAUUUGCUCUAUAUUUAUAAUAAAAAUUAUAUUU